UAUAUGGGAUAUCCCAAAACAUCGGUUCCUGUGGUGUACAGAACGGGCGAAGCAGAAAUGUUAUGUACUAUUUUGCAAAAUUCGCAACAGUUAGUAAGGAAUUAAUAAUUUUGUUUGAGCUAAUGAACGUACGAAGAAAGGUAGAACGAUGAACAUUGUAUAAAGAAAAAUAGCUUACCUCUCAAGAUCUUCCAGCAACAAUAGAUAUCAACUGAUAGCGAGAGAAGUGUGUUUCUUUUCAAUGCACAAUCCUGUGUGUCACAUGCUGCUCGCUAUAUCACUCUACCUUUAGAAAUCAAUCGAUGCUGCACACUACGUGAACUACCAAACACAGUUUGCGACAUCCUUCAUAUAUAUAUUAGAAAUUGGAAAAAUGAAGUACACACAGCCGAGAAAAAUGGCAAAAAACCCAAAUUUUUCAUGGCUCUGAGAAAAACGUUUCUUUGGUCGUUUCUAUAUUACGGAGGAUGGUAUUUAUUUUUGUGUACUGUCCUGAGAGUGCUACAGCCCUACGUAUUGGGCCUACUUAUUUGGCAUUUCGAUCCAAGAGCUAGCUCUUCGCCAACCGAAGCGUAUCUCUAUGCAUCUGGUGUGAUAAUUGCAGCGAUAUUGAUGGCUUUUAUCACACAUCACUCGCAACUAGGCUUAUUGGAAAUAGGAAUGCGGAUGAGGAUAGCAAGUUCCUCGUUAAUGUACAGAAAGUUACUACGCUUAUCAAAAUCUUCCACUACCAUCACCCCGGGUCAAAUAAUUAAUCUCUUGUCGAACGAUAUGUCGAGAUUUGACCAGCUGUUUAUAAUGCUUCACUAUAUUUGGAUAAUGCCCAUACAAGGAAGCAUAAUAGCAUUUCUCAUCUGGCAAAAUGUUGGCAUCGCUUCGUUAGCCGGCGUAUUUCUCAUAACUAUUCAGACUAUUCCCGUUCAAGGAUACAUCAGCAAGUGGACAUCGAAGUUGCGUUUAAAAAUUGCCGUGAAAACCGACGAGAGAAUUCGCCUGAUGUCCGAGAUAAUCAAUGGCAUACAAGUUAUCAAAAUUUACACUUGGGAGAAGCCGUUUCAGGAACUGGUUAGCCGCGCCCGAAAAUACGAGGUCGACGUCCUCACAUUAACAUCAUACCUGAGAGGUUUCACACUUGCCACCUUUGUGUUCACGGAAAGAACAACGUUGUACUUUACGAUCAUGGCGUAUGUAUUUACCGGGCACAGUAUAUCAGCGGAUAAAGUAUUCUCCAUGGCGCAAUACUUUAAUAUUCUUCAAGCCACGAUGGCGAUAUUCUACCCUAUAGCCGUUGCCUCUGCCGCCGAAGCAGCGGUAUCUAUAAAACGUAUCGAGAAUUUCCUGUUGUUGGACGAAAACGUGCCGUCGGCGCAUUCAUUGUUGAGCAACAAAGAAGCGAGCAUUGCGAUGAAAGGUGUCAGCGCUUCGUGGACGAGUAACGCGAUUGUAAAUACAUUGCAUAAUAUUAACAUCCAAAUCGAAGCCGGCAAACUAUACGCCAUCGUCGGUGCCGUUGGCGCUGGAAAGAGCUCUUUUCUACAAGCAAUUUUAGGCGAACUAAAGCCAUCGCACGGCCAGGUACAUGUAAACGGCAGGAUAUCGUACGUGAGUCAAGAAACUUGGUUAUUCGCAGGCUCGGUGCGAAAUAAUAUCUUGUUUGGGCAGACUUAUGAUAAAGACAAGUAUCAGAAGAUCGUUCAAGUGUGUGCCCUAACGAAGGAUUUCAAACAACUACCGUAUGGCGAUAAGACCUUGGUUGGUGAUAGAGGCACAGCGCUCAGCGGUGGACAACGCGCGAGAAUUAAUUUGGCAAGAUCCAUCUACAGAAACACUGACAUCUAUCUAUUCGAUGAUCCUUUAUCGGCCGUUGAUACGCACGUUGGCAGGCAUUUGUUCGACGAGUGUAUAAGUGACUAUUUACGAGAUAAAACGAGAAUCCUCGUUACUCAUCAAUUACAAUAUCUAAAGCAAUGCGAUUACAUCAUCAUUUUGAAUAACGGCCAAAUCGAGGAUGAGGGCACGUUCGCGGGCCUUCAAGAGAAUCACACGAACUUCCUCGAAAUAUUAGCGCGAAAAGAAACCACUACGGAGGGUACGGAAAUGGCAAAAGUUGAUUUGAAUCCAACACUCGAAGCAACAACUCUGAAUAGCAUCAUCGACGCGGAAGACACGGAAAAAGAGGAGCCUCGAGAGACCGAAGAGCUCUUAGCCAAAGGAAGCAUGUCGAGAUCAGUGUAUUGGAAGUAUUUGCGCAGCGGCGACUCAAUCGUCGCGAUUAUUAUUUUCUUCUUUCUCACAAUCGUGGGGCAAAUCGGUAGCAGCGGCUGUGACUAUUGGGUCGGCUAUUGGACGAAACAAGAGGAGUUGCGCAUCAAGGCGAUGCGCAAGGAAGGUCUGAUGAACGACAGCUUUGCAAUCCCCUCGGCAUCGAGCAGACAAAUAGACAACAAACUGUAUGACGAACUUGGCGAUUUCUCAACGACCGCUAUGACGCAAACAAACUAUUCAACAGAUGACACGCAAAACCUCACUUCAGUUAACAAUGCCACCAAAAUUAUAGAUAGGGAUACGUACUACUACAAUCCGGAUACAGCCUUGUGGAUUUACGGAAUGUUCAUCGUCAUGAGUAUCGUCAUGACAACGUCGCGCAAUCUGAUCUUCUAUCGGAUAUGCAUGAACGCCAGCAAGAAUCUACACAACUUGAUGUUCUCGUGUUUGCUCAAGGCGCCAAUGUCAUUCUUCGAUAAUAAUCCUGCUGGUCGAAUUCUGAAUCGUUUCUCGAAGGACAUCGGUGCCGUGGACGAAUCCAUGCCUAGAGCCAUGAUAGAAGCCAUUCAAAUAUUCGCGGUUAUGAUAGGAAUUUUGGUGCAAGUGCUCAUUAUCAACUGGUGGAUCAUAUUUGCUGUAAUCAUCAUGGGAUUUCUAUUUGGCAUGGUAAGAAAUGUAUACGUGCCAACGGCGCAAAAGUUAAAACGGUUGGAAGGAAACGCCAAAAGUCCUGUCUUUUCGCACGUCAAUUCCACUUUGUCAGGCUUGACGACAAUACGCUCCGCCGGUGCUCAGGAGAUGGUUCGCAAACAAUUUGACGAACACCAAGAUCUCCACACCAGUAUUUACUCGCUGUCUGUCAUGACUGGUGUGGCGUUUGGUUUAACGUUGGACAUAGUCUCCAUUUGUUUUGUCGCUGUCGUCACAUACAGUUUCGUCGCGCUCAAUGAUGACAACACUUUCGCCGGGAAUGUCGGUCUAGCUAUUUCACAAGUGCUCAUUUUAUGCGGUAUGCUACAAUACGGAUUGCGUCAAAUGGCCGAGAUGAUCACUCAAAUGACGAGUGUGGAGAGAAUAUUGCAGUUUACCGAGCUCGAGAAAGAGGGCCCAUUCGAGAGUAAUCCUGCAGACAAACCAUCCAGUAAUUGGCCAUCCAAAGGAGAAAUUAAAUUCGAUCGUGUUUAUCUUCGAUAUUCUGAGUCGAAUUCAUCCGUCCUCAAGUCUUUAAGUUUUGUCAUUGAACCCGGCAUGAAGGUCGGUAUAGUGGGACGCACCGGUGCCGGGAAAUCGUCUCUCAUCUCUGCUCUGUUUAAUAUGGCGAAACUCGACGGUGCCAUUUACAUCGACAACGUAAACACGAAGAAAAUCGGCCUGCACGAUUUGAGGAACAAGAUCUCUAUAAUACCGCAAGAUCCGGUACUCUUCUCCGCCACAUUGCGCGAGAAUCUCGAUCCCUUUAACAAAUUCAACGACACCGAUCUGUGGGCCGCUUUGAAGGAGGUAGAACUGAAAGAGUCGAUGGACUCGUUGGACUAUUGCGUUCAACAGGGCGGUAGUAACUUCAGCGUCGGCCAACGGCAACUGGUUUGCUUAGCGCGCGCGAUUCUACAGGACAACAAGAUACUCGUGCUAGACGAAGCUACCGCGAACGUGGACCCUAAGACGGACGCGCUCGUACAGAAUACGAUCAGGAAGAAAUUCAAGGCCUGUACGGUAUUGACGAUAGCGCACCGAUUGAACACCAUAAUAGAUAGCGACAAAGUGCUGGUGAUGAAUCACGGCCGAGCGAUUGAAUUCGAUCAUCCGUACAUCUUGCUGCAGAACAAUCGGAGUUACUUUAGCAGCAUGGUUCAGGAAAGUGGGAAGUCUAUGGCCGAGCGGCUCAGGCAGCACGCGCAAGAGGUAUACGAGCAACAGCAUGGCUUUACGUGACUUUUUUAGUGAGUAGAUUAGAAAAAUAAGCAAUAUUUCAGUAUGUCAACGAUCAAA